AUGAAAAAUAAUGAUGGUAAAGGUUGGCAUACUAGAUUUUAUAAGGGCCUAAGUAAUCAUUCUCCUGAAGAAGUCAAAGGAUACUUCAAGGUUCAUCAUAAACAAGUCAAACCAUUGGAUGAAGAAGAUUGCAGGAAGAAUCGUCUUACCAAUAUUUCAAAAUAUUAUGCCGAACCUCAACAGUUAAAAAAUGGUGUGAUCAAAGGACAUUCUCACAUUACCAUACAAAAACUCGAUGGUAAUAAUUUACCUGAUGCAAAGGAUUUUACAUUCUUUAAAGGAUUGUAUCAACCAGAUAAAAAUGGAAUUUUAUCAGUUAGAGUAAAAGGUUUAUCACCUGGUGAUUAUAGAAUUUGUACUUUAGUCUCAUCAUUCUUUCAUCAACCUGUGAUAAUGCCAGUUGCAAAACAUGGUUCACAAGAUGAUUUAAACGAUGGUGAUGGUUAUAACGUCAAAUUAAUGCAAAAAGAAGCGGCACAUAUUAAAAAUGAUAAAUAA